AUGUCCCUAACAAGCUCCCCUGACUGCUUGAUCCAAGCAGAAGACAAAGCCUUCAAGAUGCUGUUUCCGAGUGUCCCCGAUGAAGGCAAUUCCUUUGACGACUUCUUCAACGAGGAGAUGUACAGGCUGGAGGGCAGCGAUGAGGAAAAUAAGGCCCAUCCAGACCAAUUCGAAGCUCUUUUUGCCGACGUCUUCAACCAAGACGAAUACCGGCUUCCGUCUCUGGAUGCCUCAGCGGCCAAGAUCGAGCAUUCACCUCCCCAACCGUGGCGCAAGGGGUUGUGGUGUCUGAAGCAAAGACAACAGCCGCCGAGGCUGGCGGUAGAGAAAACGCGCAGACCGGAAACAAAGCGAACAGAACCAGUUGGAACAAUGAAUGCCAUCAAUCAGAACUUCCAAUAUGCGCAAGGUCCCAUGUCGCCACUGGAGAUCACCUCGCCCAGCCGAACAAAGAGAUUCGUCACCUCGCCCGCCGCUGGAGCUUUUGAUCCCACGACGUACAUCCGACCUCCCUUCUCUCGCGAAACUACCUUGUCACCGAGUCCAAUGUAUGCGCAACUCCCAAUAUCGCCGCGCGCCGGUCAUGGCGACACGACCAACUGGCAACAAGACUUUCAGAACUUCCACCUGCGCAUGCCAUACGAACGGCCGUUGCAGCCCCCUGCCCUCCCAAACAAGCAGACUGAACAGAGUCGCUUGGUGCAAGACAUGAAUGCAGCGAUAAUGAGCCAAAAUCAAGGCGUGUCAAGCCACACUCAUAGGUAUUUUGACGGUUACCGGAACUUGGCCCGCCCAGAGACCAGUGCCAUUGAUCCUGUGCUGCUCAGUCCAGAGUAUGAAAGGUCUCGAGACGACCUGCAGGCAUACGGAGGUGACUCCUUCUACCAGCACGACCGACAUGGCGUGAAUGGGCCAAACUCGAUGGCAUCUCCCAUUAGCACAAGCCUGCCAUCAUCAAGCAGCUCAACUCAAUCGCACGGCCCAAGAACGCAUACCUCCAAUACCAACCUCAGCAUGCACUCCAAGGCUGUCUUUUCGGCCCCCACAGUGUCUAGCCAUCCUCCGCUACCGACACUGGCACCAGAGGAGGCUUACCCGGCAUUGGCUGCUCCCACCCCAAAACGCGUGGCCCAUCCGAUUCUACACCAGCCGAGCGACAACUCGUUGAUGGGGCUCGGAAUCCACUACCCGGAGCUGGAACAGAUGAGCCAGGCCGUGCUCUAUGAGCCACAGGGGUAUCUCCCGCAAGCACCUGCAGCCAUUGGUGUUGCAUUGCCUUACCCCUCGGCGACAACGGCACCCAACCCAAUGUAUUCUUAUCCACCUCUGCCACCACCGCCGUCCCACGUCUUUCCGGACCUUUCUCCCUUCAACACUCCUCGGAAACAACGACGGUCACCAUCUCGAUCACCAUCUCCGUCAGUGUCUCCCACCAACGUCAGCCCUCGACGCAACCCUGCACGAUCGCCGAACCGCAGCGUCACCGACUACAGCCAGAGCCGACGGAAGUCCAUCCACAAGUCAGGGCCAAUCAAAGACAGUGGUGCACAGGAUCCUCUUCCAGCACCACGGGCAAGAUCAUCAUCUCGGCCUCCCCGGACUCCCAGGGCACCCAAGACACCGACCGGCGGCGGGGCCGUGAUAGAUUUCGUGAACUUCACGCCUAAGGACUCUGCCAAAUUGUUGAGUGACGUAGCACCAAGUGGAAGUUCCAAGACCAGGGCGCGAAGAGAGCAAGCAGCAAGGGAGAAUAGGAAGAAACUAAGUGAAGCGGCAUUGAAAGCGGUGCGAGUGGCAGGAGGCGAUGUGGCGGCAUUUGAGAGGGCAAUCUACACGUAA